CUACUCACUUGUUCCGAUCUUUAACGGUGCCGUGGGUCCGAUUGAUAUGACGUCGGAGCUUUGUCAGAGACGUGGCCGUGACUAUUACCACGGACUCUUCCUCUCAACUCGACGAGACAGCACCGCCAAUUGACCAUAACACCAUGUCAUCCCGUCAGCUUUCGCGAUUACCACGGCUGCACGCACGGCCCUGCUUCUCGAUACCAGCACUCUCCACGGUACAGCGCCGCCAUCUGUCGCUACAAGAACUCGAUGCCGCCAGAAAAGAACGCAUCCUCAUCCUCGGCAGUGGCUGGGGCGGCUUCGGCCUUGCCCGCAGCCUGGACACCAAGUACUACCAGCCCGUCAUAGUCACACCUCGCACCUACUUCGUCUUUACGCCCUUGCUCGCCGGUACUGCCGUGGGCACGCUCGAGUUCCGCACGGCGAUGGAGAGCUCACAUUCGCUGAAGGGGGUGGAGGUGAUACGCGGGUGGGCCAGCGGGGUGGACGUAGCCAACAAAUCCCUGCACGUCUCGGGCACCGUCGAGGACUCCGGGUCCGGGAUCGAGACGUUCUCCGUUCCAUACGACAAGCUCGUGGUGGCAGUGGGGUGCUACGCGCAGACGUUCAACAUUCCGGGGGUUAAGGAGCACGCCUUCUUCCUGAAGGACGUGGGGGACGCGCGGCGGAUCCGGCGGCGGAUCCUGCAGCGCUUCGAGGACGCGAACCUGCCCACGUGCUCGCCGGAGCGUGCGCGCGAGCUGCUGCACUUCGCCAUCGUCGGCGGCGGGCCCACCGGCAUUGAGUUCGCGGCGGAACUGCACGAUCUGCUGCAGGAGGACCUGGCCAAGAUCUACCCGCGGCUGGUUAAGGAGGCUGCGAAGAUCACGGUCUUCGACGUCGCUCCCGCUAUCCUCGGCAUGUUCGAUAAGAAGCUGCAGCGGUACGCGCAGGGCGUGUUCGCGCGCCAGGGCAUCUGCAUCCAGACGUCGCACCACGUGCUGGAGGUGCUCGCCGACGCCGUGGUGACGGAGGAGGAGGGCCGCGUGCCCGUCGGCGCUGUGGUGUGGAGCACCGGGCUCGCGACGAAUCCGUUUGUCAAGGAGGCGCUCGGACGGCCGUUUAAACUGUACCCCGACGACCCGAAGGCGAGCGAGUGGGAGAUCCUCAAGACGCCCAAGAGCGGGCAGAUCGGCGUGGAUACCCACCUGCGGGUGCUUACCACACCGUUCGACAGCGAACGUCCCGCGCCGCUCGACGAUGUCUUCGCAAUAGGAGACUGCGCUGCCAUCCGACAUCAGGUCCUGCCUGCUACCGCCCAGGUCGCUAAUCAGCAGGCGAACUGGCUCGCGAAAACUUUGAACAAGGCCGCGAGAGCAACCACCACCCCCACUACCACCCACACCACCACCGCCGCAACACACCACAAAUCCCUUGCAGACGUCGAAACGCAGCCAGAGUUUAAGUUCCGCAGUCUCGGGAUCAUGGCGUAUCUCGGUGGCUGGAGGGCGAUCACGCAGAGCGGUGGCACCGACGUUAAGGGACGCAUGGCGUGGCUGCUGUGGAGGACGGCGUACCUUACCAAGAGUGUUAGCUGGCGGAAUAAGUUGCUGAUUCCUACUUAUUGGUGGGUCUCCCAGAUUGGCUGUGGGGUGAGGCGGAAAUUGGCUGCCUCAACGCUCCUCACGUCGACGACGGGCACCCAUACGACGACGACGGGUAUGGGCUCGUCUGGCGAGCGGAUCCUGCACGUGCGGACUGUGCGGGCCUUCCGGUGGCCGACGCUGGCGCUCGCGCUGCUGCUGAGCAUCCUGUUCAUCUGCGCGUCCGUCACUGUCGGCACCUACGCGUACUUCUCGUAUGUCCAGGGACGGCUGAUGGUGGUUGUGCCUUGGUACUACUACUUUCUGAUCGCCGUCGCGAGCGUCACGCUCAUCUUCGUUUUGACCGUGAUCGCGCUAUACCACAUCCACCUACUCCUGCCCCUGCCAAUCCUCCUGGUAUCAUUCAUCCUCUUCGUCCUCUGGCUCACAGGACUGAUCAAGUCCUCGAUCGAGCUGUGGGGGCCCAUGGGCAGCGUCAACGACAACUGUGUGCGCUACGUGUACCAGGCGGGCUUCUGGGGCGGGCGGACACUCGACACGCUUGCACGCAUCCAGCAGGAGGGGAUGUGCAACCUUUGGAAAACGGCUUUUGCGGUGGAGAUGAUCGCGUGCUUUUGUCUCGUCUGGUUGGGCAUGGUUAGUUGGCAGGUUAGGGCCGCGGCUGGGUACUAGGCGCAAACACGCGCACGGGAGGUGUACCAUAGGCUCGGCUAGAGGGGAGAGGGGGAGGGCGGGCUCAUGUGCAGGUGGUGGGUGGUUUCUUACGUCUAACGUCUGUCUUACGUCUUACGGAGUUGUGGCUUUCUAUGUUUUUUGCUUUUCGCUUUUCGCGCGCGCGGCUGGGAAGGUGGGGGGAGGGGGUGGCAUUGCUGUAACGAAAUUUUGGAUGUGACGAUGACGAUAAUGAUACCCGGUGGGACUCGGAGGAAAAGGGG